CGGGGCGGGGAGAUGGAUAAACUGACCAUCAUCUCAGGAUGUCUCUUUCUGGCCGCCGAUAUCUUCGCCAUCGCCAGCAUCGCCAACCCGGACUGGAUCAACACCGGCGAGUCGGCGGGAGCGCUUACCGUGGGCCUCGUGCGACAGUGUCAAACAAUCCAUGGACGAGACCGGACCUGCAUCCCUCCCCGGCUUCCCCCAGAGUGGGUCACCACACUGUUUUUUAUCAUCAUGGGAAUCAUUUCACUGACUGUCACAUGUGGCUUGCUGGUGGCUUCGCACUGGCGCAGAGAAGCUACAAAAUAUGCUCGAUGGAUAGCGUUCACUGGAAUGAUCCUUUUCUGUAUGGCUGCCCUCAUAUUUCCAAUAGGAUUUUACAUCAACGAAGUCGGAGGUCAACCUUAUAAAUUACCCAACAACACAGUGGUUGGGUCAUCAUAUGUACUUUUUGUCUUAUCCAUUUUCUUUACAAUAGUAGGACUUCUAUUUGCUGGCAAAGUUUGUUUACCAGGCUGAUGAAUGUCGAAACUGCUUGAGUCCCGUGAUUUUUAUUUUGGUUUUGAUUUGUGAAGAGGGAGGGCAGAGACAAGGCUGAGCUCCUCAUGGGAGGCGCUCAGAUGAGACUGACGCCAGAAAGAAAAGACGCUUUGAUUUGUUCUCACUAUGCACUUUGGAUUUAAAACAAAUGAGAGCCUUUUCCAUAACCAAAUACAAUAUUGACUAAAUCUCCUGAGCAUAUUCAGGCAGUCAGUCUGCACUGUGAUAGCAACUUAGUGAAGGAGAAUGCUUUAUACUGAAAAGCAUGUGGCCCUUUGUGACUCUGUGGUUCUGUUUUUACUGUCUAAUGAUUCAUUUGAGGGAAAAAAAAAAAUCUUAAGUAUUUUGAAUCAUGGUGGACCAGAGGUAUGCAAGAGAAGUUCAUGUGGGGCUGGCCUCACCUCCUAAGAAAUUAGUGUUCACAACUUCCUUGUAGUGUUAAGAGCCUUUGGCACCAGAGUGGAUUGCCGUUGCAUUACUGUACCACAAAGCCAAUAGAUCAAAACUUGUUCACUAAAAUGUAAAAAAAAAAAAAAAAAAAAAUCUCAAAUUCCCUGUGUACAAAAGAAAAAACAAACAGUAAAAGAUAUGUUUGGGGUGGGUGGGGAAAAUCUUCCUUAUAUUUAUAUAAAUAUAUAUAUAUAUAAUAUAUAUAUUUUGCUGAUGCAGUAUACAGUGUGUAUAUAUAUGUGUGUGUGUGUUUGUGUGUGUGCGCGUGUGUAUGUGUGUAUAAAUUUAUAUAUGCACACAUAUGCACAGUUCCUGGAAGAGAACUCUGAAUGCUUUGCUAGCAAAACACUGUGGUGUGCGAACCUAGAACUCAAUAGAAAAAAGCCAUUUAUCUGAAGGCGUGUAGUGGAGAGUCUUCAGUUUACCUCAUUCUUUGUAGCAGCCCUUGGUUUUAACAGGCUUUUGUAAUAGGUACAAAUAAUUCCACACCUUUCCAGGUGCAAUUUUAAGUUAAGCUAAAGUUUCUUUCUAGGUUUAAUUUAUUUGUAUAUGAUAGUAGCAUAAGAUAAGAUCAUGUCAAACAUUAUAAUUUGGGGAAUCUAACACUAUUUAAAUUAUUGGCAACUGUUGUCUAUUGUGUAGAGAUUCUUUUUUUUCUACUGGCUCAGUCUGUUAUAUUAAAAAUGCAUCUUAUAUGUUCACACAACUUUACAUUAUAAGUAUAAAGUUGACUAGCAAAUAUGUGGAUGAUUUAGCUAUUUAUGACACUUAAGUUCACUCUACCAUAAAAAUUAAAUGUCUUUUCAUUUUUAGGUAUUACUGAUACAUCUUUACCAAAAACUUGAGCAAUACAACAUUUUCUUUAUAUGCUACAUGUCUCUGCUAAAAGCUGACAUUUUUGCAUUUACUUUAAAGGGCUGUACUAAACCCACAGCUGUAAGUUUUUUUUUUUUUUUCUAAAAGAAGCAUUGCAGCUAAACUUUGAACUCACAGAUAGUUUAAAAAUACAAUAUUUAUCUUCUCCACAUUUCCAUGCCUUCACAUGAACACCUGGAUUUUUCCUGGCAGAACACUACACAAAGUCUCCUGUUGAAGUGAAGGGCGGGAAAGUGUUAGGUAGCAGUGGAGCUGAGUGAAAUGGCAAUCCAGAUGUUCCUGUUAGUAGGGUCAGUCUCAGCAGAAAUAAUGCAGUUCUUAGGAAGCUGAUUGAGGUCAGAACGCUGACUUCACAGUGAGCUUCCUUUUCAGAUGCACACAGUAUGGAAUGAAGGUGCUUGGUGGCUUCACAUUGGCUUGUUUAAUAUUUGUCUAUCCAGUAUUUCAUUGUGAAUGAAAGCACAGUGUUUUUGCUCAUGUAGGAAUCAAGGAGUUGAACCACCUCUAUGGUGAGUUCCUUGAUUAUUCUACAAGAAGAAGACCAUACCUUUCCUUCCACCACUGUAAGAAACCUUUAGUAAAUUCAAGGGAGACCAUUUCCCCCAAAUAUUACUGUAUCUGAUUAACCCGACAAUUACCAGUGGACAUUUGGGUCUGGGAUGUGAUUGGCCCUCAUUCACAUGGAUGACUUUGGUUAGUUGUUGCCAUUUUCCCACUGAGAUACAUGUUAGCAAAGUGUGGCUCACGUUAAUUGAUAUGACCAAGAGCCUUUCUCUUCCAAAAGAUGGAUUGUAUUGUAAAUAGUUUCUCAAAAUAUUUUUAACUGGAUUAUGAGCAUGGGGAGAGAAAGUUUCUCAGCUGCUAAGAAUUUCCCCACUGUUUACUUCUUAUACUUACAGUGGUAUUACAUAUAAGAUUACAUCAAUUGAAGGUUUUAUUUGUAUCUAUUACCCAAACCAUUAAACUGUCUUUAAUUUCAUCAUUGUCUAAGAGGUCCAGUGCAUGAAUGGCCAAUGGGGGAAGCCCCUCUGGCCAGUGAGCACCUUAACCUGGGUUUGAGACCAUCCAUCCAGUAGUAUGUGAAGUCCAGUCUUUGUAACUCUUCCAGACCAAACACUGAAAUGGACACAUCAUCUAAGCUUCUGUCAGUCCUGUAAGUGAAGCGAUAGCCAGCUGUCAGCAGUUGCUUCCUAAAAGCUCACUACCAUAAGUACUAUAUAGUACAGUGUUAAUUGAUAGCAGGAAAUCCUAUCUUGUAAAAUGUAUAUAAAACACUUUUAUGGUGCAAUCAUUUGUCAAUCUUGUCUGUUAUCGUUUCUAGACUGUAUAUUCUUUUCAUGCCUAAGAAUAUCACUGUAAAAACUGCUGAAAGCUAUUUUUAUUUUAUUAUUUGCACAAGACUGAAUUAGUUUGAAAUUUUUGGGAGCUCCUAUUGAACAUGCCAAAACAUCUGUAAACAUAAAAAUCUUCAGUUCAUUAAAAACACACAUUUCAGUAUGAUUCUUUGCAAAGGUAAUUCAUGUUCCAUGUUAAAUGUAUGUAUGUGCUUUCCAGCUCUUCCAUCUCUUGUGAACUUCUCUGUCUCGGCUGUUUUGAUCCUGAAGGGCGGCUUGCUUUUCUUCUUCUUGUUCUAGAUGACCAAACACUAUCGGUUUUUAGCCUUUUGCCUAAAGCUUUGGUAUCUCCACUUGAUGUUCUGUAAACUCACUGUUUAAUCUAAGUGAAAUAAUAGUCCUGGUGACAAGAAAUCUAUUGAUUCAGAGGAAAAGCCCUGAAGAGUAUUGAAAACUAACUUUAGUUAUAUUCUUAGCCGUUAACUUUGCAUCGUGGGCUUCAUAGGAAGAACAUGUUGCAUUUAUUUUGUCUUUAUUAAAAGACUACUCGCCACAAGUUACUCUUGUAGUAACUGUUUUGUCAACCCACUUUGAUUUUCUUUAAAAAAAUUAAACUUACAUUCACAACUCAAAACAGUAAGCUGUCUUUUCAGAAAACUUUUGAAGGAUAAAGAUAUGAAGGAAACAAGUGGCCUUUGUAGGACACUCCAGACACAGGACUUUUAGUCACGUCACCUCCAGUUUGAACGUCUGUGGCCAGGGUAUUAUACUAUCCCAAACCUUAUUAAAAUUGUUUUCUAAUUGGUUAUAACAUUUUCUCAAUUAAUAGUUCAAAACAAAUUGUUAAUACAACUGUAUAAAAUGAACAUAAUUUUCUUCACUUGUAUUUUUGUUAUUGAGCAAGUUUAUCAAAAUAAAUUGUCUACUAAAGAAACUAAAA